AGCAAAAGGGGGGAGGAAAAGUUAGAGGAAGGGGGAAUAGAGAGACACGGGAGAUAGACACAGGAAGGAUACAGAGUGAAAGGGAGUGUGAAACUGAGAAAAGCCGAUAGAGAAGUGGAAGAAUUCAGUCAGAAGCAGCGAGGUACACAGAGGUAGACUUUGCUAUAUCGUGCUUGUCUGCUGCACUCUGCCUCAGUCACCGCCUCUGUCUUAGUCCUUCCUAACAUCAGCUUUGUUCAAGAUAUGUGAGGAGGCGCUACCUGCACUAUCUGUUGCCUCCCUGUCACUGUGCCUGACUUAUUGAUGAGCUGGGACUGAGAGCUGGACUCAGGGGACACUGAAGCCUGCAGCAGGAGCUUCCUAAAGACUGGUAGCAUGUCUAGUGUAAAAUAUGAACCAAGGUCAGAGUCUACUGAGGUUAAUGGGUUUAGCAAGACUGAGGAGAAGGUGCAGAUUGACGACGGGAGGAACGAGGCAGAGGAGCCAGCAACAUGGUACAACAAACUGAAGAAAAAGAUCUCUCCCUUUGUGAUGUCAUUUGGGUUCCGGGUGUUUGGUGUUGUUCUCAUCAUUGUAGACUUUGUGCUGGUAAUCGUAGAUCUAUCUGUCAGCGACAAAAAUCCACAGACAAGUGCUCUUGUUUCAGCAAUUUCUUUAGCAAUAUCCUUCUUCUUCCUCAUUGAUGUGCUUCUACAUAUCUUUGUUGAAGGAUUUCAGCAGUAUUUCAGUUCCAAGCUAAACAUUUUUGAUGCGGCGAUCGUUGUUAUUACAUUGCUCAUUACUUUGGUAUAUGCCUUUACGGACUUCAGUGGCGCAACAAAUAUCCCAAGAAUGGUCAAUUUUCUCCGAGCAUUGAGAAUAAUCAUCUUGAUACGAAUCUUCCGCCUUGCCUCUCAGAAAAGACAACUCGAAAAGGUCACUCGGAGGAUGGUGUCUGAAAACAAAAGACGUUAUCAGAAGGAUGGAUUUGACUUGGAUCUUACCUAUGUUACUGAUCGGAUAAUUGCAAUGUCAUUUCCAUCAUCUGGAAAGCAGUCUUUUUAUAGGAAUCCUAUUGAGGAAGUCGCAAGAUUUCUAGAUUUAAAGCAUAAAGAUCAUUACAAAAUCUACAACUUAUGCAGUGAGAAAGGUUAUGACCCCAAAUACUUCCAUUAUCGCGUGGAACGAGUCUUUAUAGAUGACCACAAUGUACCUGCAUUAGCGGACAUGUUGACCUUUACUGGAAGUGUACGUGCCUGGAUGGCGGAGGAUCCAAAUAAUGUUAUUGCUAUUCACUGCAAAGGAGGCAAAGGAAGGACGGGCACCAUGGUCUGCACAUGGCUUGUUGAUAGUGACCAGUUUGAAAGUGCUAAGGAAAGUCUGGAUUAUUUUGGAGAGCGCAGAACUGAUACAAGACUAAGUACAAAGUUCCAAGGUGUGGAAACACCAUCCCAGAGUCGGUACGUUACUUAUUAUGAGAUUGUGAAAAACAAAUUCAAGUUGCAGCUUCCUCCAGAGAAAAAGCUCAGAAUUAGGAGUAUCAGAAUCCAUUCAAUUCAAGGCGUGGGAAAAAGCAAUGGACGAGAUUUGAAAGUUCAGAUAUUAAUGAAGAAAGAAGUGGUUUUCCAAUGUAUUUGUGAGACUCAAGAAAACUGUAAGUUGUUUUUUGAUGCUGGAAACAAUUCAGUGGUCAUUAGUUUGGAGGGCUGCCCGGUUAUCAGUGGGGACAUCAAAGUAAGAUUUGAAUCCAGCACUAAACUACCAAAAGGCUAUGAUGACUGUCCGUUUUACUUCUGGUUCAAUACUUCCUUCGUAGAAGGCAAUAGAUUAUACCUUUCCAAAAAUGAGCUGGACAAUCCUCACAAAGAAAAGUCUGGGAAAAUUUACAAAGAAAACUUUGCUGUGGAGCUAAACUUUGAAUCUAUAUAGUCAGAUCUUUCUUUGCACUGAUAUUAAACAUAUGAAGUCUGGCAACCAAAUGUCUGCCUCUCAGUGUCAUACUGAACCAAGUGUGUCCUUCUAGAGACAGCUGAAGUGCCAAAGUGGUUUUAAGAAAUAGCUACAAACUAUUGUAGUUUUUUUUAUUGUUGAUAUGUACAUAUUACUUUGUUAAGAUAAUUAUAUCACUAUGUUUAUAGUGUCCCUAACUGAUCCUGUCUUCAUAUCUCUCAUUUGUAAUUAAUUCUAAAAGCUACAGUGUCAUGAAUACUGUGUUAAAAUAUAAACAUAAAUUAUCUAUUGUUAUUAUAUUUAUUUCAUAAUUACAUGUUUUUUUUACUGGAACUAAUUAAGAUCUGGAAUAUUAAAAUCACAAAAUUUAACUACAGAAUGAACAAUUUUUUAAAACUUUUAUUGACCAAAAACUAUAAAAUCUCUACAGGUAAGACAUUAAUAAUUCUAAUGUGUCAAAGCAAUAGCCGGUAUCUAGCAAGUGCCAUACUAGUACUUUGUAGAUUAUCUAUUUAUCAUCUGUCUGUCUAUCUAUCUAUCAUCUAUCUGUCCGUCUAUCUAAUCUAUCUGUCUGUCUGUCUGUCUGUCUGUCUCUCUCUAUCAUCUGUCUGUCUAUCUAUCUAUGUAUCUGUCUGUCUGUCACUAUCUUCUAUCUGUCGGUCUAUCUAUCAUCUAUCUAUCUAUUUUAAAAAAUAGUUCCCCUAUGUUAACUUUUCUACAAAAAAAAAUUUGAUAGAGGUUAUUUUACUGGGUUGGUUUAUUUUUUAUGACAAUGUAUGUAUUUAUUUUGCAAAGAGUUUUAUGUUGGUUUUAUCAGACAUAUGUGUGUUAUGUUUUAAUGAAAGAUUAUGCAAGCAUCAUUAAAAGAGAAUAUAAACAUUUAUAUAAUGAUUUACAGGGGUAAAUUUAUCAAGCUGCGUUCACAUAAGCAAGCCUGCUGCCACAUUUUAAGAAGUAAAAACGUCAGGGUUAUUGACAUUCCCUGCUCUAUUGCAUUUGGUUGCGCUGGAGCAGGGGGGGGGCGGCAUUGCACAAGAAUCCUCUUGUGCAAAUUCCCUACUCUAUUGCCUUUGGUUGUGCCGGAGCAGGGGGUGGCAUUGCACAAGAAUCCUCUUGUGCAAUGAUAAAUUCUGCCCUGUGGAGAUUGCAGGCAGACAGGUUCAGUACUUGCAAACCCGUCCGCUUGCAGGGAUGGUAAAUUUACCCCACAUAAUAUUUUUACAGGGAAAUUAAAGGCACAAUUUACCUUUAAACAGCUUUUACUUAUCCUUUUUUUAUGCAAAAAAAAUAUUUUAAGGUGUUUAACUGCUUCUGUCAUAUAGAUUAAAAAGUUCAAUUUCCCUUAAAAAAAAAAAAAAAAAUGUAACAAAAAUAUAUAGCAACGUUUCUCCUUUGUCGCUGCAUCUCUUUUUUUUAAAGGGACAUAAAACCCAAAAUUUUUAUUUCAUAAUUUAGAUAGAAUAUAACAUUUUAAACAACUUUCUAAUUUACUUCUAUUAUACAUUUUUCUUCAUUUACUUGUUAUCCUUUGUUAACAAGCAGAAAUGUAAGCUCAAUAGUGUGCACGUGUCUUCAGCACUAUAUGGCAGCAGUUUUGCAACAAUGUUAUACAUUAGCAGGAGCACUAGAUUUCCUGUCAUGUAGUGCUUCAGGCAUGUUCACGCUACCUACCUAGGUAUCUCUUUAACAAAGAAUAACAUAAGAAUGAAAUAAAUUUGAUAAUAGAAGUAAAUUGGAAACUUUUUAAAAAUUGUAUUGUCUAUCUGAAAAUGUUGGGGUUUACUGUCCCUUUAAGGAAAUCAUUUUUAAAGUAAUGUCUUCUGAAAGAGACCUUAAACACUAAAUGCAUUUGUUGCAGUUCCCUCUUAUUAUGGGAACUGCCUUUUUGGAUAAUCUUUUUAUUACCCAUUCCCUAGUUUUGCAUAAUCAACACAGUUAUAUUAAUACACUUUUUACCUCUGUGAUGAUCUUGUAUUUAGUGUUUAAGUUCCUGGAAAUAAUUUGUGUGAAAUGUAUUUAGUUUUUAUAAUGUUAAUGUAUAAUCUUGUAUGUCAUUUAUAAAUACUAUAUCAUGAUUAUGUGAAAAUGUAUACAAAAUGUUAAAUUCUUUUGCAUUUGCUGUGUCAUGAAAAUUAAAACGUGGAUUUUUUUCAAGA